AUGGAGCAUGUGGCCGCCGCGCAGCUCGCGGCGCGCGGCGGCGCGUCCGUGCGGCGCCUGGACGCGCCGCUGGCGCUGCAGGAGCGCUGGGUGGCGGCCAUGGUGGCCGACUUUGAGGCCCGCCGCCGCGACGGCAACUUGCAGCAGAGGUUGCCCUACGAGCUGCUGCGCGACUCCCACACGCUGCAGGCGCGGCUUCCGCCCAGCUUCCAGGAGUGGGACGCCCGGCUGGCGGGCGCGUUUGGGGGCCUGGGGCCGUCGGCGCUGCUGGCGUUCAAAAUUGCCCGGUCCUGCGCCGCGGCGACGCCGCUCAAAUGGGAGCACUUUGCCCGCCGCGAGCUGCAUAUGGCGUGGCAGCUGCGCGAGUUUUGCGAGGAGGGCGCCGAGCGCCGCGUCCGGGCCACCCCCCAAAGCAGCGGCAGCAGCAGCAGGGCGCCGGCGGAGGCCGGCGCGGGCGGCGGCGACAGCGGCAUUGGGGGCGGGGCGGACGGCCCGGUCGUCGCGGUGGUGGGGCGGCAGCACGCGGCGGCGCUGCGCAAGCUGUGGGACGACCCGUCGUCCCUCCUCUGGCGCGACGAGCUGCCGCGCGAGUUCAGCCCAUCAGUCAUCGACGGCCUCAACGAGAGGGCGGCGGCGGCUGCAGAGGUCAGGGGGACGGCGGCUGGCGGCGGCGCUGGCGGCGGCGGCACUCGCAGCAGCAUACCUGGCACCGGGUAG